GUGGUGAGGUGCCGGUUGAUAAACUGCAAGCGCUACAAAGGGUCCUUGAAAGUGAGUUUUGUACAUCAAUUCGUGAGGUAUAUGAGCAUGUCUAUGACACAGUAGACAUUGGUGGAAGUCCUGAAGUUCGAGCUUCUGCUACCGCAAAGGUACAUAUAUAAAUACGUUUUUGUUUGUUCCCUUUAGUACUUGCCAAGUAAAUAUACAGUAGGUACUAAACUUCGGUCAUUUUCUCUUUGAUGUACCAUCUAAAAUCUCUUCGUUCUGGUAUUAUUUUACAGAUAAAGCAUUAAACAUAUACCUUUUAAAGUUUGUUUGCCGAUUAAGAAACGUAUCAAAAAUUGACUCUUAAAAUCUCCUCUAAAUAUCCUCUUAAAAUCUUCAAGACAAAAAUAUCCUCUUAAAAUCUUCAAGACAAAAAUAUCCUCUUAAAAUCUUCAAGAGUAAAAAACUUUUAUAUUCUUCAAGCAUUUUAUUUCAAAAUUUAAAAGUUUGGAAAUUAACUAUCGUAAUACAGUAGUCCAGCUCUUGACGACGAUAAAAUCGUGACACUCUACUAUGACAAUAUAUAAAAGCUUGAAACUCUACCUCGUCACUAACAGCCAAGACUAUAAAAAUUGAUAUGGAACCAUCCGAAAUUCUCAAUUUGCUCUGCGGAUGCCAUGUGUGAUGAUAGGAUUUGUCAUACACUGUAAAGGAAAAUUGGUUAAAAAAACAAUUGAAUUGGUUGUCCCAGUAUCACUCUUUUGACCAGUAUUUUAAAUGGUUAAAACAACUAAAAAUUGAAUUAUUUUAACCAAUCCGCUUUUACAGUGUAGAAAUAGUCACACUUCCAAAAUUUUAUUUUUUGCUAGUAUGGGUGACGUCAUUAGAUAUUACCUGCAUAGAACCUAGCAAUUGAGAAUUGCUAGAAUAUUGUCUUACAUAAUGAAAUUCAUUCACCUUUACGUCAUUACGUGUACACUUGCAUAGAGACACUCUGUGUCUUUAAUAUGCCUGGAGAUAUUAAACGAAAACGUCCUCAAUCACAUCCAAACUAACAUAUAAAGAUAAUUGUAGUAGACAUAAAUGCAUUUUAUUUUUUAAUUUAAACAAUAUUCUAAGGUGAGGCGGUUUUAACCGAUGUUUUUUGAAAACCGGAAUACUCGAUGUUACUUUUGGAGAAAAACCGAAAAAAACGGGGGGAAACGGAAAAAAACCCAAAGAAAAUUCGGUAUUUCACUAAAAUCGAACCAUACUUAUACGAGUUUGUUGCAAAUGAAUCAAGUUUUGGCAUUUACACACGAAAAACUAUAGAGAUUUUAAUUGUGUUAUUGUACACUCUGUAAUAUGUUAAGAUGAGAAUGUUCUAGAGUGUGUAUUAUAUAAUUUCCAUACUCAGCGCAAGCAGAAAGAUGUUGUCUGCCGCGGCUGGGUCUUGAACCCGCGACCUUCGAAUUACUAGAUCGACGCUCUACCAACUGAGCUACACGGUCAGACGGAUUUAAGACUGGAAAUUAUGAAUUAUAUUAAUUCAGCAUCGAACAAUACUAGUUCUGCAAGUGUUAUGUUAAUUGUGUUAUUAACGUCUUCAAAAUACCUUACGUUUAAUAUAUUGCGCGAGUACUGAGUAGCGUGUUGUGUCUUUUUUACCGUAGUUUCGAUUUUCGAACGUAUUUUUAAAAAACCCGGUUCACUCGUUUUUUUCUGGGUUUUUCUGGUCGGUUUUCGGGUUUUUGUAGAAACCGCCUCACGCUACAAUAUUCCAGCAAUUAUUCUACAUAUGACUAGCCAGACUUUGUUCAGUUGUUUACGUUUCUGAUAUUGAAUUAGUAACUGCGCUUAAAUGUCAAAAACAGCUAUUGCUCCAAUUUUUUUUGUUAUGAAGUGGACGCGUAUCAUGUGAAAUUGCUGCUACAGUCAAGUUGGCAUUUUGAAACUCUUUCCUAGAUAAUAUAUGAUCGACUACAGUGUCUAAGUGUCGGUGUAUUUAUAGUGUACAUUUGUACUUUUGACGUCUAGGCAACAGUCGCUGCGUUUGCAGCAAGUGAAGGUUACGCUUAUCCUAGAGUUGUGGAGAUUCCGAAG